AUGGCUCUUGUAAGAGCUAUAGGGGCUGUAGCAGCUCUUGUGAGAGCUAUAAGCGCCGCCGGCGGCUCCGAGCCACCGGUGGUCCCGACGCCUGCGGCCUCAAGCCACCAGCGGCCCCGAGCAGCCAACAGUCCCGAGCAGCCAGCGGUCCCGACGCCAGCGGUCCCAUGCCACCAGUGGUCCCGACGCCUGCGGCCCCAAGCCAUCAGCGGUCCCGAGCCGCCAGUGGUCCAGAUGCCAGCAGUCGAGAUGCCAGCAGUCGAGACUCCAGCAGUCCCGCGCCACCAGCAGUCCUGCCACCAGCGGUCCCGCACCACCAGUGCCCCGACGCCUGCGGCCCCGAGACACCUGCAGCACCGAGACACCAGCGGCCCAGACGCCAGCGGCCCCGCCCACACACUGCGACCCUCUGCAGCCGCACCGCAGGGAACGGCCUAG